AUGUGCUACGACCGCUACGUGUCCAUCUGCAAACCCCUGCACUACGGGACCCUCCUGGGCAGCAGAGCUUGUGCCCACAUGGCAGCAGCUGCCUGGGCCAGUGGCCUUCUCAAUGCUCUCAUGCACACAGCCAAUACAUUUUCCCUGCCCCUGUGCCAGGGCAAUGCCCUGGGCCAAUUCUUCUGUGAAAUCCCACACAUCCUCAAGCUCUCCUGCUUGCACUCCAGCUUAAGGGAACUUGGGCUUCUUGUGGUCACUUUCUGUUUAGCUUUUGUUUGUUUUGUGUUCAUGGUUUUCUCCUAUGUGCAGAUCUUCAGGGCUGUGCUGAGGAUCCCCUCUGAGCAGGGACGGCACAAAGCCUUUUCCACCUGCCUCCCUCACCUGGCCGUGGUCUCCCUGUUCCUCAGCACUGACACAUUUUCCUACCUGAAGCCCCCCUCCAUCUCCUCCCCAUCCCUGGAUCUGGCAGUGUCAGUUCUGUACUCGGUGGUUCCUCCAGCCCUGAACCCCCUCAUCUACAGCCUGAGGAACCAGGAGCUCAAGGAAUCUCUCAGGAAAGCCAUGACUAGAUGCUUUUCAGCCUGUUCAUUGUCCCAUAACAGCCCUCACAGUGCUUUGCAUUGGGAGCCAGAAAGGAGCUGGAAACACACCCCCGGUUUGGCUCCUGCUGUCUCUCAGCAUUCUCCCUCCAUCAAGGGGCUGUGAGUGGGUCAGACCCUGGGAAGGGACACCAGGCCAGUGACCCAAAUUAACCAAAGGCAUAUUCCAGACUGUAUGGUACUAGUUCUGGUAUAAAAGCUAAGGAAGGAGGAGGAAUAUGGGGCAUUUCCUGUCUACAGUGUUUAUCUUCCUGAUCAACCACUCAACCUGCUGAAGUUCUGCUUCCUGGGAAGUGGCUGAAUAUCACUUGCUGACGAGAAGUAGAGAAUAAAAUUAUUGGGUUUUUUCCUCGUUGCUGGUGCAUGUAGAAACUUCCUCUUUUGCUAUAGAAAACUGCCUUAUCUCAAUCUACAAUUUGUCUCCCCUAUUAUUUUCUCUCCCUUGUCCAGCCAAGCAGGGGAGUGCUAGAGCGGCUUGGUAGGCACAUGGACUCCAGCAGAGGUAACCCACCAGAAGGAGCCCCGGAAGGCCUGCUUUCCUCUGUCAGAAGCUCUCAGUGCAUGUCAUGAGAGGCCAAGCCUGCCCUUAAGUAUAUUUUUAAUAUUUUUCUGCUUCUGAUUCUGUUAUAUUAAAAGAAAUGCUAUUAUCCACCCCCUUCAACUUAAUUAUCCCUCCUGCUUGUGUGAUGCAGAGAUAUUGUGUAAGCAGGGAGUCUCACAUUGAAUUUAGGUGAAAUAAAUGAAUAUGCAACCACUUGGUAAAAUAUUUUGUACUAUCCUCAUGAGAGCAGGAAUGAACAGAAAUGGGCACAGCUUUGUGGCUGCCCCAGCUUUGGGAUGGGCCCUGGGCCUGGAGCAAGAGCAGCUCUUGAGGGCCCCAAGGCCGGGGCUCUUGUGCUGCCCUGGGCAGAUGGGAUGGCAGCAGGGGCUGCAGAGCUCUCAGGAUCUCCUGCAGAGGAGAGCAGGGCACCCAGGGAGCCUCCUUUCCCUUGGCCAGGCCCGUUCCCCCAUGCUGGGGCUGAGUCCUGUGGCAGCUGCAGCUGCUGCUGUGCCCUUGAGAGGGGC